CUUUGCCAGGAUGCAUCAGCGAUACAGUGUCGUGCACGAAGUCGCGACGACGCCCACGGGCCAAGUGCUGCACUGCUUGGAUAGGCAAAGUGGCCAGCACGUUGUCCUCAAGCGCAUUCAAGUCCGUUUUCUGUCCACGGCGCCAUCGACGGACAUGUCGUUGGAGCGGCGCAUCCAUCGACGGUUGUGCGACGGUGGCGGUCACCGCCACAUCCUUGGCCUGCUGGACGACUUUGCAGCCGAUGGUUUUGACACGUUGGUGCUCGAGCACUGCGGUCGAGGCGAGCUGUUCAGCCUCGUGGAAAAUGCCCCAGAUCGCCGCCUGGCAGCGCCCCUGGUGCAGGCAUCGUUCGCUGGCAUCUGUGACGCGGUUCACUACAUGCACAAGCAAGGCAUCGCCCACGGCGACCUGUCGCUCGAGAAUGUGCUCGUGACGGACGCGGGUAUGUUGAAGUUGAGCGAUUUUGGCUCGGCUACUCCCUUCGAUGCGAUCCUUCGGAAUCAACAAAUGGCCGGCAAGCCGUUCUAUAUGGCCCCGGAAAUCCAUCGAUCCGGCGCGUUCGACCCGUCCAAGGCCGACGUGUGGAGCGUGGGCGUGAUGCUGUUCAUGUUGGUCACGGGCAACCCGCCCUUUGAAUCGUCCCAUGCGUCCGAUCCGUCGAUGCAGUUUGUCGCCACCAACGGAUGCCGCGCGCUCUGUGCGGCGUGGCACGUGGACGAUGUCAUCCCUGCCGACGCCAUGGACUUGCUCGAGAACUUGCUUGUGAUUGACCCUGCUGAGCGAUGGAGCAUGGUCCAGGUCAUGAGCCACGCGUACAUUCGGCACUCGCACGACCACGACCUGAUGGCUCUACACCCGGAGAUGCAACUGCUCACAAGUCCCCCCGGGUUGCUGCAACUGGCAGCCCAUUAGAAACUCAGAUCUACCGACUAACACUUUGUAAUAAUUUAACUCGUGGUAUUUAUGCCUUGGC